UACAUUUCUGGUGACUUUGCGCCACUAAGUGGACAAACCUGGGACUGACACCAACUCUGACAGAAACCAACAUGGCUGCGCCCACCAGACUGAUGUCACGGCUCACGUUAGUCACCGGAGGAGGCAGCGGGAUUGGACGGGCCGUGUGUCAGCGGUUUGCCUCUGAGGGCGCCUCGGUGGUGGUCGCUGACAUCAAUGAGGAGUCAGCCAAUGAGACGCUGGGAAGUCUUCAGCGUGACCUAAGAGGUCAAGGUCACAUGACAGCAGUGGUGGACGUUACUUCAAAGGAGAGUGUGACGAAGCUGAUCACCAGUAUACAGAGUCGCUACUUCCAGCCCCCGUCAGUGUGCGUCAACGCCGCGGGCAUCACGCAGGACGACUUCCUGCUCAACAUGUCGGAGGAGCAGUUCGACACAGUGGUCAGGGUCAACCUGAAGGGUUCCUUCCUGGUCACUCAGGCCGUGGCUCAAGCUCUGGUGUCCUGUGGCUCAAACAAAGGCUCCAUCAUCACCGUGGGCAGCAUCGUAGGAAAGGUGGGAAACCUGGGGCAGGUGAACUACGCCUCCUCCAAGGCUGGAGUCCAAGGUCUGAGCAGAACCGCAGCCAAGGAGCUGAGCAGGUUUGGGAUCCGCUGUAACUGCGUUCUGCCGGGAUUCAUAACGACUCCGAUGACGGACAAAGUUCCAGAGAAAGUUCUGACCAAGAUGCAGAGCCUGGUACCGAUGGGAAGAAUGGGUCGUCCUGCAGAGGUCGCCGACGUCUGUGCCUUUCUGGCCUCAGAUGACUCUGGUUACGUCACAGGAGCGAGCAUCGAAGUCACAGGUGGACUCUUCAUGGGCUGAUCUACCAAGGCAUGUUUUGGGUGAUUUUUCAAAUAGUCAAACGAAAUUCUUUUUGGAGUUUAAAACACAAAAUAUUCACCUGGCAGCAUGUUUUAGGACCUAGU